AUGCAUGUGGAGUCAAAUGAGCUUUACGAUCUACAAAUAUCGCGCCGCCGUCCCAUUGUCAGAUCGUACAUUGCCAUCCUCCCCACCGAGUUACUCGUCCCGAUCUUUGCAUACGCUAGUUACGCGUCAAACGACAUAGAGUUCAAGCUGGCCCUCGUGUGCCGACGUUGGAGGCAUAUCGUCUUGCAUACCCCCUCGAUAUGGACCAAACUACGUAUAUCCGAAUCGACUUCCAUCGAUAAAGCAAGGAUAUAUAUCCAACGUUCCGAGAAUAUGCCUUUGUACCUUGAUGUGGAUAUCACUUCCAGAAAUUGCUACACCUACGCUGAUGGGAGACAUGGACUGGUGCAGUAUAGCAAGCGCCAAGAAAUUGUUGAGCUAUUGCUCUCUUGUACGGAUCGAUGGAAACAUCUCAGCCUUACAGUUUGGGAUGACUGUGCUGAUUAUACGAACCCAAGCGCAGGCGGUGUCGCAUCUGUUAUUCUAACAAAUUUUGUUGACAUCUACUAUUCUUCCAGCCACCCAUCCGCUUCUUCCAACGCGGCGCUCCUAUGCUCACUCAUUUUGGGCUGUGUGAAGUUGGCCCUGACAUCUGUAGUGUCCCUUCUGCCACUUCUACGCUCACAUUUCUAUCCGUCGAAACAUCUCAGCUAA